GCGUCCCUCAGUGGAGCACCCCGAAUCCUGCCUCUCGGAUUCCGAAGCCCAACCCCCACGAGCCAGCCAGCCCUCUUACUACACCUUCCUCCGAUGCAAUGCUGCCCCUUUCAUCCUAAGAGAUAUCUAUUGUCUUCCUCCUCCCUGCCCUCCCUGCGAUAUUUCCAUCUACAUUUUUGGAACAUUUCUCGCAACAUUUCUCUGUCCACCACACUCCUUAACACAAUUUCCUCUCUUUUCGAGUUGGAAGCUCUCUUGACAGCGUGUUGGUGCUGAAUUGGGUGUCUAACACCCAAUUUGAGCUUCGGGGACAAGCGGUGGAAGUCAGGAUGGAGGCUGUGGCGUGCAGAGCAGGUGCGGCAGUCCCGUCUUUGGUAGCUUCCGCUUCAAGAGUGUCCUCCUCCGAGAACUCGAAGGUGCUGGGAAGAAGAUUUCACUCUAUAAAUUUUUCUGCUGUGGUGUUGACAAGGGUAAGUUCGAAGCGGGCUGAGAGGAGGAACCCCGUUGUGUCGGCAAAGGCUAAUACUCAAGGGGAGGCCCUGCAAUCCCUCUCGAACGUAGUGACAGAUGAUGCCGUACCUGAAGGCCACAAGGGUCUCCACGGGUUCCUGUAUGGAGAAGGUGGUGCUGAGGUUCAUGGCUCCGCAGGCAACAAAUUCAACGGAGUAGAGGGAGAAGACGAUGGGAAUGCUAUCAUCUUAUAUGAGGAUUACGUCUCUUUUCGUAAGAGUUUCAAGUUUGCAGGUGUUUUUGCGAUCUAUGACUUCCAGGAUUCGUUACAGUAUGUUAACUACUCUCGGCAUGUGGUGUCCACCCUUAGAAGCUUAAGGGCUAGGGUUGGAGAAGAGAAAUGUAGCUCCGUGCGAGUGAAGAUAUAUACUGACUCCUCGUUGAUCACGCGUGCAAAGCUGGAGGAGGAUAAGCAGAGUUGGUUAGAUUCCCUGGGUUCUGCUCCUGGGAAUUCUACAGAGAAGCACUUGUGGGAAGGAGCUGGUAAUAAUGUGGCCCUUAUGUCGGAACAAGAGAAGAUUGAGUACGAGGAGAAGAAGCUGAAGUUGCGAAAAGCCAUGGGCGAGAACUUGUUUGAUGAUGUUGCUGGGGAGGAUGAUGAUACACGCACUCGCAGACUCAAGCUCCUUCAGGCUGUGGAAGGAGAUGACUGGAGUAGCGUCAUUGAUGGCCAAACAAAGCAAACUCUAGACCCUCGAGUUUCCAGCGAAGUGGCUGUGAAAGAGAAGAGUGUACAUAAUGUGGCUGAUGAACCCAUGGCGGCUGGAGCUGACGAACAGAUUGUUAGUCCAUUUGCUUCAGGCUCUCAGGUGGGAGGAGGACUGUAUUCAGCAGAAACUUACGAGUUUACCGUGGAAAACGUGGACAAAGUUCUCGACGAAGUUCGACCUUACCUGAUCGCCGAUGGAGGCAAUGUCGAGGUUGUGGCCGUGAAAGAUGGAGUGGUUUCGUUACGAUUACAAGGUGCCUGCGGCACAUGCCCAAGUUCCACGAGUACAAUGAAGAUGGGCAUUGAAAGAGUCCUCAUGGAGAAAUUUGGAGACGUUUUGAAGGAAGUAGUCCAAGUUGACAAGCAGGAUAUCGGUGCUAGCGUUCUUGCUGUUGACGAACAUUUGGAAAUGUUGAGGCCUGCUAUCCGUAACUACGGUGGUUCAGUUGAGGUGGUAUCCGUGGACACGGUAAAAGGCGAGUGUCAAGUCAAGUACCAUGGUCCUGCUCCUAUUGGUAUGGGUAUCCAAGCAGCCAUCAAAGACAAGUUCCCCGAUAUCCAGGUGGUCAUUUUAUCAGCACCCUGAUGUGGGCGGGUGCCUAGAAUUCUAGUCUAGAAUGACUAGUUAAUAGUUUUUUUUUACUAAGUAGGACUAGUAUAUUCCCUGUAGUCUCGAAAGUUGAGGUGCUUGAAAAAUUCAACUGUACUCUUAAGGCGUUACCUUAAUAUUGCAUGGGAAUCCAUAAGUACUCGACUGCUGAUUCUUGUGAAA